CAGAUAUCAAUCCGCCAGCCAGCGUCCGUAACGCGGGGCGGGAUAUCAUAGAGCUAUUCCUACCAAUUAAAAACACAGCCUUGAUACCCCAUGUAGAGUUGGCCCGAAUCCGCACUGCACAACGCCAUCGGCUCCCGGCCUUAGCCACCAUCCUCCCACGGGGGAAUAUCGAAUCCCGACUGGCAUAGCGCCGCUAUAUAAGCCUUCGCAAUGUUGCUCUUCUCGCUACUUGCGCUAUGUAUUCUCAUAGUCUGUCCGUCUCUCGCUAUGCGCGAUGAUCAUUUACGGCAUUUACGACAAGAAACUGUCGAUGUCUUCUAUCACGGCUAUAGCAAUUAUAUGAAGCAUGCGUUUCCCGAAGACGAGCUGCGCCCACUCUCUUGUGGUCCAUUAACUCGCGAUCGAAACGACCCAAGCCAAAUAGGACUAAACGAUGCCCUGGGCAACUACUCCCUGACCCUUAUCGAUAGUUUGUCGACUCUUGCGAUCCUAGCCGGAGGACCAGACGAGGGCACAUAUACCGGAAAGCAAGCAUUAAGCGAUUUCCAACAAGGCAUAUCUGACUUUGUUGCCCACUAUGGCGACGGGAGGAGCGGCCCCAGUGGACAAGGCAAGCGAGCCCGCGGAUUCGAUCUCGAUUCUAAAGUGCAAGUCUUUGAGACUGUUAUCCGUGGCGUUGGCGGCUUGCUUAGCGCCCACCUCUUCGCAGUUGGCGACCUACCGAUACCCGGAUACGAUGCAACACCGUUACCUGAAUACCGCUCCGACGAUCCUCUAGAGCUGGCACCGAUACCGUGGCCUGGUGGCUUCCGUUAUGAUGGUCAGCUGCUUCGGUUAGCCCUUGAUCUUGCAGAGAGACUCCUCCCAGCAUUCUAUACACCAACCGGCAUACCUUACCCCCGAGUUAAUCUUCGGUCUGGUAUCCCGUUUUACGUUAACUCUCCACUACAUAGCAGCUCCAAAACAGCGCCAGCGCGCCCUUCCGGCCAGCCAGAAAUAACAGAAACCUGCAGCGCUGGUGCAGGAAGCUUGACAUUAGAAUUCACAGUUCUCAGUCGGCUGACUGGUGACCCACGCUUUGAACAAGCUGCCAAACGCGCAUUUUGGGAGGUUUGGGACCGCAGGAGCGAUAUUGGUCUAAUUGGCAAUGGCAUCGAUGCCGAACGUGGUAGCUGGAUUGGCCCUCACGCCGGUAUUGGUGCAGGAAUGGACAGCUUCUUUGAAUACGCUCUGAAGAGCCAUAUUCUCUUAUCGGGCCAUGGCAUGCCAAACACCUCUGCCUCGACUGCUCAGAGCCGCACCGGUUGGUUGGACCCUAAUACGCUACAUCCCCCGCUUUCACCUGAGCUACAUUCGUCCGAUGCGUUUCUGCAAGCGUGGCAUCAAGCUCAUGCUUCAGUCAAGCGCUACCUCUACACUGACCGAAACUCGUUUCCGUAUUACUCCAACAACCACCGCGCGACUGGCCAACCCUACACUAUGUGGAUAGACAGUCUUGGUGCAUUUUACCCCGGACUAUUAGCUUUGGCUGGCGAAGUUGACGAGGCUGUAGAAGCAAACCUAGUUUACACGGCGCUGUGGACGCGAUACGCAGCUAUUCCGGAGCGAUGGUCUAUUCGCGAAAACAACGUCGAGCAGGGCUUAGGCUGGUGGCCCGGUCGACCAGAAUUCAUCGAGUCUACUUAUCACAUCUUUCGAGCAACGAAGGAUCCCUGGUAUUUGCGUGUUGGUGAGAUGGUCCUCCAAGACAUCCAGCGCAGAUGCUACGAGCCGUGCGGCUGGGCUGGCUUGCAAGACGUUCGCACAGGCGAAAAGCAGGAUCGUAUGGAGAGCUUCUUUCUGGGAGAAACUACAAAGUACAUGUAUCUGUUGUUUGAUCCGGAUCAUAAGCUAAACAACUUUGAUGCAGCUUAUGUCUUCACAACAGAAGGCCAUCCGCUCAUCAUCCCCAAGAAGUCUUACAGCCGACCAAGCCGAUCGCCAAAGAAGAGCGUGAGCACAAACACAAGCGUGUCUCUCUACACAUAUUAUGACCAAAACUUUACCAACUCUUGCCCUGCUCCAAAACAGCCCUCACACCCACUGGCUGGUUCUGUCACGGCAUCUCGCAUUGACUUGUUCGAUGUAUCACGUUUCACGAAGCUCUACAACACGCCAAACAUACAUGGCCCGAUUGAGAAAUUACUUCAAGACGACAAAGGCAAAGACGGCCCAGUCUUCAAGUAUAGAGCAACUUCCAAUCACACUAUCUUUCCGUGGACGCUACCUCCAACCAUGCUUCCCUCGGACGGUAUCUGCAUUGCGCCAAAGGAGCGAAUCAUGUCGUGGGUCGAGUUUCCCACGGCUGACGGCGCCUCAUCUUUUAUUUCGCAGCUUACAUCCCCUUUGACUUGGCUGGAUGAUACCGGUCCGACUAUCCAAAACUUGGAAGGCGUCAAGCUACAAUUAGAAAGGGAAUAUAAUGAGAUGAUGGAUGAAAAUGUCUGGAGAAUCACUGGUGUCGGAAACACUGCCCUCGGCCGCCACGACGUCGUCAACUUUUACUCUGAGCAUGUUCGACAUUUCAAGGAUGACGCAUUCACCUGUCUUCGCCGUACCGACAUUGUAGACAUUGUCAUGCUUGUUGAAGACCCAGAGCCCGAUCCCCAUGAAGCAACCCAACCCAACCCAGAUGCGACUGACGAGCCUGCUGCCCCGACCGAGGAGAGCAACGCCAAGUACGAUUCGGUACCUCUGUUAAAGAAUCUUCUCCGAGCCAUGACAUCCGUCUUCGACCCUACCGCCACAGAUGCUCCCGCCUUUGACGAUUUAGUAGAUAACCAGCCAAACAUCAUCACCUGGACGGCAAACCUUCCAACCGGCCCUGGGUCGUUCCCUCUCCCAUCGACUGCCGAUACUCUUGUCAAUAACCGCCCUGGAUUCGACGCUCGCAACCCUGAAGAGCACUUUCCCUGGAAGUCCAUCUACUUUGCAGAUUAUGCCUGUGACGCUCCGCUGGAACCUCGGGCCUCUCGCAAACAUCAAGUCAUCCUUAUGCGAAGGGGCGGCUGCUCCUUCAAUAAGAAGCUUGACAAUAUUCCUUCCUUUGCACCCGGGCCCCAGGCGCUGCAGCUUGUUCUCAUUCUGGACGAACGCGACCCGACAAACACCGAAACCUUGCCACGGCCGUUAUUGGACUCGGAGCAGUUCACUCCAAGCGGUGUCAAGCGGCACCAUGGUAUCCCAAUGGUGCUCAUGCAAGGCGAAAUAGGCGAUUACGACCUGUUCCGUGCAUCUGCUGGUGUCGGUAUGCGACGACGAUACAAGAUCCGCAGCCAAGGGCUCAUGGUUGAUAAUGCUAUGGUGAUUUAACUGGCGAAUCUAUGGUAUCAUUAAGUGGCAAACUGUGCCUGUAAAUUAUACGUGUAUAUAUAAUUCUGUCUGUACAUUGCAUGCAAUAUAGAUUAGCGGCGCUGCAAGCCGUAAAGUCGUCUAUGGUAGUCGACAGCAUACAAUAGGUCCCUCUUUCACUGUCCUACAUAACAAAGACAUUUUUAACUCUCAAAACGAUAUUUAUUUUCGUAUUAUUUGAACAAUUUUCACCCUUGUCUUCUUAAAUUGUUCUUUUGGGGUGUUUCCAAACAACGCCUAACCUCAGUGAAAAAAAAAAAAAGAAGAAUGGCAAAAAACUAAACAGUGUGCUUCAAAAUGCAACAGCUGGCCCACGCUCCUGGUGUGGCCUUACUAGAACAAGACGUUGAAUAAAUGCUCUAUAUGCUUUCUUUGUAAGACUGGCUUGUAGCCAAAGUCUUGUCGGUAUGUCUUUAUUAUAUCGGUCGAUUAGGUGACUGGUGGUGUUGAACACUUUUGCGCGCUCGAUCGAGAAUUCGACGACUCAAUUACUCGUCCUCAAGGAGGAUGGUGGUGGGAACACCGCCAAGCUUGUCGCGGCCAUUGAGGCCAGGAAUCUCAAGAAUGAACAUGUAACCCAUGAUGUCGCCCUUGAGCUGUUUGACGAGGUCGGCAGCGGCUGCAGCAGAACCACCUGAAUACAGAGUUAGUAACAUUGUUUAAAAGAAGUCGUUGGGAGAAGUACAUACCAGUAGCAAUGAUGUCAUCAACAACGAGGACCUUCUGGCCCUCACGGAUGGCACCCUCCUGCAUCUGGAAGAAAUCUUUGCCGUACUCCUUGACGUAUUCAGCAGUGACACAAGGGCCAGGCAGUUUGCCCUGCUUGCGAACGGCGGCGAAAGGAACGCCGAGACGCAGGGCCAGGCCAGGUCCGAACAGGAAGCCACGGGCGUCAAGGCCGACGAUCACGUCAGGCUUGUUGUUGCCGAAGGUUUCCUUGAUCUGAAGCUCGAGAGCAGAAACGAGAGUAGCAUGGGCUUCGGGGUUGGCGAAGAGGGGCAUGAUAUCGACAAAGACGAUUCCGGGGAUGGGAAAGUCCUGGAAAGAGCGCAAGUUGUUGCGCAGAGUUACCUUAGCACCGGCGAGUUGGGCGGCGGUGGAGGUGGUGGUGGUGGACUGUCUUCCCGAGGCAUCGUGAGAAGUCGUGUUGGCGGUGUUGUCUGCAGAGGCGCUCAUGGUGAUUAGUUUCUGAUGUUCAGAAUGGUGUAAAAGAGAGAAAAGGCGGAAGUCGGCGAAAGAAGGAUGGUAUGGAGGGGUAGCUGAAGAGGGGCAGCGGCGAGGCAAAGCUGGGCAAGAAGUGAAAACAAUUGACAGGGGUUGUAUGGAACGACGCCGCGUAGGUAGGAGGCAGGAUUCCCCAGUGAAAAAAAAAUAAUGAGAAAAAAAAAUGGAUGUCGCAAUGGCGGGGUGGCAGACGCUGUGACGCGGGAUAAAAAAAACGUGUUGGUCUUCUCCGAUGCCGAUUUGUGCUUUCAACAGCGGCUCUGGGUGUUCUGGCGGGGCGGCGGGUGUAGCGGAGAGGAGCCACUAAGCUCCAAUUGUUAUACCGCCCUUUUUUUUUUUAAACAGCAGUAGUGGGUGGGAUUGUGUGAAAAAUAGGCACCAGACUAAAAAAAUUUUUACUCGCCUCUUUUUGGUUUGCGAUCUUCCCGGCGCCCCAAGUGGAGAGGCGGGAAGGGGCACCGGCAGAGGCCAAGAGAGGACGGGUAUGGUUCUCAAAAAGAUAGACGAUGUGCUGUGACGGAGACCGGUUGAUUGUGUAUCAAGGAUAUGAACAGCGAUAUCAAUUGACCUUGAUACUGUAGAAACCCGGCUGAUAACACAGCUGGGGCAAAAAAUAAUCGAAAACAACUCACCCUUCAAUAACGUGAAGUUGGCUCUUGCCGCACAGCACUCCCGGCCUUGUUAUCGCGCAAAGUGGGUAGUUGUUCAGCAGCCCGGCUGAGGUUGGAGACUGAAGGUAGCAGUAUGGAGAGAUGCUUCAAGUCCUUGUUGGGAACUGUAUGAAUGACAAUAUUGUCUGUUCUGGAAAUUCUGAGUGGAAGCGACAGAGUUCCGGCAGCCAGAGGCAAACGAUAAGUUGAGCAAAAAUGAUGGGGGCUAAGAAACAGUGGAGGAGGAUGAAGAGCAGCACGGCUCAGAACAGAUAAGAGGGAAGAAGAGAAAAAAAGAGGGCAGUACUGUAGCCUGGCCAAACAGGUUGGGAAAAAAAAGUUGGUGAAGCAGCGCGCGGCGACGAGGCACGGCGUAGCGCAAUCAACAAACACCGGCUGCUGCGCUGGCACUGACACUGGCAGCGCAGCUGGCAGGCUGGGCUGGCGGCGGGACUGACAGCUGGUGACUUGGCUGGCAGCUGGCAAUACCGCUAUUUACAGUGACUCAGAACAUGUGGUAGCAAUUUUUUUCCUCCUUGCCUCUACAAAACAUUAUCUGGCGGACGCGCAAUGUCGCUCGCUGUCAUCGCUAUCUACCUCUGUUGUUUGAGUGCACAAGGCCGGGCCCCGUAAGUACAGUGGGUUACAGGCGGCUUGAUGGGGGAGCACAGUCGGUGUGAGCCGCAAUGCACUGCAAUCACGCCCUUGAUGGUAUCGUGUCCUCUGUCGCCCGCACGUGGCAUUGGCUUAUUCCUCUGUUGAUGUUUUGCUGUUGUUGUUUUGACUUCCUUGUGCUCAUGAUUCUUCUUCAUUACAUAUAAACUGACGGGAUCUUUAUUCCAAGUACACCGUCUGCCGGAUUGUUGAGACUUCAAAAAGACGGACUCCUUCAUCAACCAGUCUACAGCAGCCGUGGAAACGACGCGGCGCCUAGGGACGCCACCGCAGAAGCCGUAUAGCGAAACGGGAAGGAAACGGCUAGACAAGGACGCAUUCAGAGAGACGUUGCAUCAGUGUGCCACACCUCGUCAGCCCCAACUGAAUGUUUUAGCAAGAGCCGGCUCAUCGCUGGCCACAGGGGUGCGACAUAUCCCACGAUUUGGCUGUGCCAGACGGUAAAUACCACCAGCUGCAGAGUACCAUCGGCCUACCUGCAUAGCCUGGGUUCUUUUGUUGCCUGGCCCGCGUCGGUGAGCCGUGUAUUCCUCUUAUCGCAUCGGUUAGAGCAAAUAUCGACUGAUGCGUGGGUGAACCUUUGUGGGCUGCAAACCCGUCUAGCUCUCAUAACGCUUUCCAGAAGCAAAACAGCUUGUGUUGAGAAACCGGUCAAAUGCAAAAGACGCGGCAAACAAAAUUCUCCUAUAGUACGUCUCGCACGGCUUCCGGGGUGUCGCAUCCGUGGCUAUGUUCCCACAAAUAUCGCUAGUCAUACUGCAGCGAGCAAACGUCUUCAUUCGCCGCGAUGGCGACAACGUGCACCUCACUUAUGGACGCCAUGGCCUCACUGUUUCCGUCAUGAUGCGUGUGUCAUACAACAUGAAACUUUCCAGGUUCUUGUUUUUACAGUGAAAAGUUACAAUAUUGCUCAUAUUUGAUAAAUCACGUCUACUCUGCGGAGGCGCAGUACGCCUCGGCGGUAUUGGCUCGUGUAAGUGAGCCAUUUUGGCCAUCCAACCCAAAAAAGACACCAAAAAGUGAAUGCAUUAAAAUGAAUGUCUAAAUUAUGAUCUAUUGUGUGAGGCUUCUAUACGCAUACGUUUUAAACUAAUAAACAAAAGCUCACCACUCUAUCGUGGCGGGUAUCACAAUGUGCAGCAAACGUUUUAUACUUGCAAAGACAAAAAGAGGAAGAGGAAGCGGUCAUCAGCACAAUCAAAUCCUAGCAUCACCGGAACUUUAACCGGAUAAUAGAAAACAGCAUAUUCUGUAGAACAUGCAGCAUCACCGCCACACAAGUCGGGAGAAGCUCCGGCCACACGGCAAGAUCGAGUUUGCCCUCAAGACCUACGUCCACCUUGAAUAAGACGCGGAUCAGCCCGCGCACGGCAACACUGGCGAUGAUCUCGCAUGCCCAAGUCACGAGCGAGGCAUAGACAGUCAGAUCCAGAGUGUAUGGCUCAUCGUCACCGUCAAACAGAAAGUAAGGAUACAUGUCCUUGUUUGCACCAUAGUGCAACACCAGGAUGCUUCCCAAGAACGCUGCCAUGGAAGCGUUCUCCGCCAAGAAGCGAAUAAAGACAUUUCGGGUCUGUAACUUUUGGUAUGAGCCAUAGCUCUGUUCAUUCAUUCCCAGCACGACCAUCAUCUUGUGGAACGUCUCCGUCAUCAUUAUGGGCGUGAGAACCACGAGACUGGUCGAGGAUAAAAGCUGCAAGAUAAUGAACUGAGUCGGCGAUCGCAAUCUGGCGUACAAGGUUCGGACAUAUGUCUGAUAUGUCAACAUGAAGUAUCUAACGAGGGAAUUAGUCCAAAAUUUUCGGUCCUAGCAUAUCGACAGUGUACUUACAGCUUAAAGACCCAGCUUAGUGGAUAGCUGCCAACUCUCUCACCUUCUCGGAUGCCCAGCACCCAGGCCGUCAAAGCGUCAAGAAGGUGGACAGUUACAACCCAGCCGUAAACGUAUACAACAGUCUCCAAGUUGUUAUGUGGCAAAGUGCCGACAUAAAUUUCAGCAUACGCUUCUCCAAUCAAGUAGGCGAGAAGUCCGAUAAACAGGGCCACGCAGAACCACAAGAAGCGUACAAAGCUGGCAGGUAACCACCUACGGCGCACAGCCACUCCCUGGCGUCUCAUGUUGGGAGACGAAUGCAAAACCUGAUGUUCCCACUGGUCAGGACCCAUGUUACGCCGGCGCCUAUCCGGUCGUGGGAGCGUAUCAGGCUCGCCAGUCCACCAUGAUGUUGUAAAGAUGCGUUGUGUUUCAGAAAGCGAAUGCCGCAGCCCAAUGUGUCGCUCGUUAGUCAUGAGAAUCAAAAACGCAAUGGUGACCGGCAUCGCCAUAAUGAUAAACGUCCAAGUAAUCCAAGAGGUGUUGUGGAUUGUAAGAAAGCGAGAGGCUUCACUGUAAUAUAUCGGAAUCGGGACAGAGAUGCCAAUAAUGGCAAUGAGUGAUAUCGUAAUGGGAAAGCCCAGCGAUUUGGGCCACCAGUUGAGGCUGUAUAAAUUGAAUAUUUUCGUGAUCCAGACGAGAGCAACCAGAUUAUAGAAUCCAUAAUAGACGAACAAGAAGAACCAGAAGUUCGUUUGUACUCGGACGUCGCCGUAGCCACGCGUGGGAUGAUCAUCAGCGUCGUCGCCCCGAUCACCGCCAUCACGAGGAAGAGGAUAUUGAGGGAAUGGAAUGGCGCACCAGCCAAUUGUCUAUGCAUCCAUCUGUUAGCCUGCAAACAUACCAGUGACGAAUAUUCCACCAGCAGCAGUCUUACCAAUAAAGCCGGUAGAAACACCAGCAAGCCAUAUCGGCUCCACCACCUAUCAACAACCCUCUUCACAGCACCUUGCCUGGGUUCAACCCAGAGAUCUAUAAUCCAACGCUUCCACAGCCUCUGCCAACGACUGAUCUCGUCGUCCUCUCCGCCAGCAGCUCGGGGGUUAACCGAGUCAUCUUCGUCGUCUUCAUCUGCCAAGCCUGCCGCAAGCACAGCUCCAUAUCCAACAUGUAGACUGCCAUUACCAAUCCCAUAUCUAUCGGCAAGCAGCCCAAGUUGGCUACGUCGGUGUCCCAGCUCUGGCCGCGGAGGGACUGCUCUGAAUCGACCGAGUAGCGGCGAGGUAUCGGUAGGCCGGAAGCGAGACUCUGUGCCCUGGGUAAACUGGAAGAAGCUCGACAUGGUGGACUAUCUACAAGAUGGUCCUUUAUCUCCCAGCCAGAUCAGAACCCAUGAGACACAAGCGCCGAGCGGAGCAGGCGGCGAAGUCGGCCACCGAGGCCAGUACGAGAUAACCGACAAAGGAGGUGGACGAUAUUGAUGUUGUUAGCUGUAGAAUGCCGACCGGUGUAUUCGGUAAUGCUGGCGUAAAUAAAAUGGCAGAAGACACGGCGCAAAAUAAAAGACAAUAACGCAAGAAGACGCCGUGAAAAAGGAAAA